AUGUUUCUGAGUUUUUGCCUCCUGGUGACAUUUAUCUUGGGGCUGUCCGGGUGCUUGGGCUCAUACGUUCCGUGCGAGCCUUGUGACCAGAAGGCGCUGUCCAUGUGCCCUCCGGUGCCGGUCGGCUGCCAGCUGGUCAAGGAGCCGGGCUGCGGCUGCUGCCUAACGUGCGCCCUGUCUGAGGGACAGGCGUGCGGCGUUUACACCGGGACGUGCGCCCAGGGCCUCCGCUGCCUGCCGAGGAGCGGGGAGGAAAAACCCCUGCACGCCCUUCUCCACGGCAGGGGACUGUGCACCAACGAGAAAGGAUACAAACCUGCCCACCCGCCCACAGAUCGUGAGUCUCGAGAACACGAGGACACCAUAACCACAGAGAUUACAGGGGACCUGCAGCCGGCUAAAGUGCCGCUCCUUCACAAAGAGAUUGUGAACAGUAAAAAAGUCCUUGCGGUGCGCAAGGAGCAGAAGAGAAAGCAAACCAAACAGCGCACCGUCGGCUCAACCAUGGACUACUCUCCUCUGCCCAUUGACAAGCAUGAGCCUGAAUUUGGUCCAUGCAGGAGAAAACUGGAUGGGAUCAUUCAGGGGAUGAAGGAUACUUCUCGUGUAAUGGCGCUGUCUUUGUACCUUCCCAACUGUGACAGAAAAGGAUUCUUCAAACGCAAACAGUGCAAGCCAUCUCGUGGCCGUAAACGGGGCAUCUGCUGGUGCGUGGACAAGUACGGCGUUCAGCUCCCCGGCACAGACUACAGCGGGGGCGAUAUUCAAUGUAAAGACCUGGAGAGCAGCAGCAACAACGAGUGAAACUGGGAGGACCGAUCUUGACCUCCCCCGUCCCCCAACCCCUAACCACCACGUGACCCAGGGCCCGCGCCUCCUCUCUGAAUCGCACCUGUAUGCUCCGCCCUACGUUCACUUCAAGAUUUUUUUUUCUCAGUUUAAAAAAAAAGAAGAAGAAAAAAAUCCAAUCAAAAAGCAACAGGCUGAAAAAAGACACCUGUAUUUUUUUCUUUACUUUUCUGUUGACCAAGCACUCUUCUCUAAACGAGGGUCAAAAUCCCAGAAGAUUUACUAGAUCCCUUGACUAUUAUGAUCACAGGACCCCCUUGUAUGAGCCUGGUCCUUUGACUGCAGAUCCAUGAAAAUAUAUGCAACUAAUGGAUAUAUUUUUAUAGAAGCUGUGGGUUUCAAUGCAACACUUUGUAUGGGGUGAAAUUAAAACUAUCGUAAAGAAGAAAAAAAAAAGCAUCAGGCAUAUUGAUUGAAAACAGAUCAGUUUUAGGCCGUGGAACAUGACGCCACUGUGGAGCUGACGAUUGGCCAGAGUAAUUUGUUUUUGUCUGUUCUCCAAAAGAAAAAAACAAAAAAAACAAAGGAAGAAGAGAUAGGGAUAUGCUGUAACAGCUGACUCUAUCUGGGUUCUGUCAGAGCACUUAUGAAUAGGAGAACCUGCUUAGAUAUGUAUAAAUUCACAAAAUGAUGCGUGCAUGGAUGUGUGCGUGUGUACAGUUUGAAUGUGUGGUAUGUAUGCACCUAUGUUGUUAUAUGAUGGAGUGAGCCUAUUACAAAAAAGAAUGUCCUUUUUUUUUUUCCUUUCUCGUUUUGUUUGAUUUUGUCACAAGUAUUGCUAGCGCUUGAAGUGGUCUCGGGGCUGGCCUUCUCUAUAAUGUAAAAAUAUAUCUUGGGGGGGAAAAAAAAAAAAAAAAAACAACAAAAAAGCAAAUAGACCAUCACAGAUGAACCUAUGUAAGUGGCUCUUCGACAAUGUAGCUAGCCUGAUACGCCAACUGUGCCUAUUUGAACAGACACUGCCAUGCAGGGUGACACAGAGCUUAGAGAGCGCCGCUGACUCCACUGGCGGACGAAACACUUUCAGCUUAAGCGACGGAACUUAAGUCUGACUUCGAUCUCGAGCGCGUACGAUCCAGCUCGCUGGUCGGGCCCGGCUGCUUCUCUGGUUCAUUUGUGUGAAGUGUAGUUUUGUAUGGUUUUGUUUGUGCCGUUUUCUUUGCCUUCAGUGAAGUACAGACCACCCACUUUUGAGCCAUGUUCCUUUAUCAAGUGGUUUCCCCUCAGUACUGCUACUACAGUGUAACCAUGGUGUAUUACAUUACUUUUAAAUAUAGUUACUGAAUGUUGUUUUUCCUGUAGAAACAAAGUAUGACAACAAUGUAAUUGUGCUUGGGGGAAAAAAAAAAAGAAAAAAAAAGAUUUUAGCCUGUAAAGACUUUAAAUUAAUUCUUGCAGCCUGUCAGGUCGACUACAGGGAAGUCAAAAAAGCUAACAAUCUGAAAUCCUUCUGCUUACAUGCCUCCACACAGAGGUCUCUACCUUUAUCUAUGUGGAGCAUGAUCCAAACAAAAAGGUAACAGGUUAUAACAGGGUCUUUAUUAGAGUUGCUCUCUCUGUGUGCAAGUCACAGUGCCUUCCUACAUGCAAAGACAUUUAAAUACUGACGUGAAAGUGACAUGGAUAUCAUACGGGGCAAUUUUCAGAUACUUGAUACGACAAUAGAGGCUUUGAUUAAGGGAAGAACAGUGAAUGUGGUAGGUCCUUUAAAUGGUGUCGGCAAUACGUUGCAAAUCCAUUUGUAAUCUCCACCUCGGGGUAACUCUGGACACGAACGAUGUGUGAGGAACCACAGUCCGUUAAACCUCCUUCUCCUCUGUCUUUGAUAAGCUAAGAUUCAUGCUUCUUCAUGUGAAUGCCAAUGUAUAUGAUUGCCAGAGAGGGGAAGCCAAAGGAUGCUUGGAGGUAAAUCAAAUAUUUAGUUGUUUUUUUUGUUUUUUUCCUGCAGAUGUGCACAUCCUAAAUGGCUUCCGGUUGGGAAUACAUUGUUAAGGCUCCUUGCCCCACUUCCAACACCAAAUCGCCACUACCACUUUCGAAAAUAAGCAGCUUGCACUUAUUUCAGUUACUCACUAUUGAUAUUGACACCCGGCGACAUCCUAAGACGUGGUAUCAUGAAGUUAGUUUAACAACAAGAGCAACAAAAAAGUAAAAAGCUAAAUGUUGUGUUAUCUUGUGCUUACCUUUCAAAGGUGGUGCUUUGAGGUAAUAUUUGUUGACAGGGGCUGUGAAGCCCACGCCUGGGACCUCCAAUACAGCAGCAUCUUUUAGGGAAAAAAGUAGAUCGAAAGUAACACACAGCUAGAGAUGUUUUCAUGGCCUAUUGCACAGAGAUGACAGCUGAGAUAGAGACAGAAGAGAGAGGAAGAGGAAGAGCGAGUGGUCAUGAUCAGGGCCUAGCCACUUCCCCGAUGUGGGGUCACCAAUUGCAUGACAUUAGAUACAGUUAGCAAGACAAUAACAGGGCGUCGCGGAAAUCUGGGGACUGUAAUACUGCAACCACUUUAAAUAUCUGAAAUCUGGAACUGUUUAAGGUCUGGAUCAGUUAAGGCAAAUAUCAGUGUUCCAGUUAUAUCUUUUGCAGGUUGGAAUUCAGGAUUCCGGUUUCCAAAGCCUGUUUGCGGGUAGCGGCUUCCUCAGAUUUCUCAUCUCCUACUUGGUUUGAACUCAUAUUCACAUAUUUCAGUAGUACAGUUACUACAGUACAGCUUUUCUUUCUGAAUACAUAACACUUUUUUGGAUGUAAUGACACACUACAAUUGGUUUCUGUAAUUUGGUGUUCACUGGCUUGUGAAAUCGACCCAUCGGUGGCAGCAGGAUAGCGGGAAAUAAAAUGGUCAGUAUUUGGAGCUACAUAAGACAAA